AAAAAAAAGUCCUUCCCGGUCUCUCUUCACUGUUUUUACCGGCCACGUUUCCCCCCCCUCUAAACUAUACUGUACUCACUUGUCUUUGGUGUCGGUCUUCAACCUAUUUCUCUGCUCUUUGUUUCCACUGUUACUCUGUCCGAUCAUGGCAGCUCAUUCUACCGACGAGCCGUUCCCUUUCCACGGGUUGCUCCCUAAAAAAGAGACCGGCGCUGCGUCUUAUCUCACUAGGUUCCCCGAGUACGAUGGACGGGGUGUCGUCAUCGCUAUCCUCGACACUGGCGUGGACCCAGGGGCCCCGGGCAUGCAGACCACGACGGAGGGCAAGCCGAAGAUCGUUGACAUCAUCGAUACGACAGGCAGUGGAGAUGUCACCAUGGCGACGGUGGUGGAGCCUAAAGACGGAGAGGUGACCGGGCUGUCCGGGAGGACGCUCAAGAUCCCUCAUGCCUGGGAUAAUCCAUCAGGAAAGUACCACAUUGGGAUCAAACAUGGAUAUGAGUUGUUCCCUAAAGCUCUCCGAGAGAGAAUCCAGGUAUGGAGUGGAUUUGUGUGGCCAAGUAAUGAGGAUUUGCACGUUGAUAUACACUACAAAAGUACGUGGACACCUGCUCGUCCAACGUCUCAUUCCAAGAUAAUGACCAUUAAUAUGGAGUUGGACCCCGUAAACUUUGACCUCCAGCACACAGGUAACCCUCCCCCUCACAGGCGAGCUCCACCCACACUGUCACUCAGCCAGGCCCCACCCACACUGUCACUCAGCCAGGCCCCACCCACACUGUCACUCAGCCAGGCCCCACCCACACUGUCACUCAGCCAGGCCCCACCCACACUGUCACUCAGCCAGGCCCCACCCACACUGUCACUCAGCCAGGCCCCACCCACACUGUCGCUCAGCCAGCCAGGCUCAGCCACCCACGCUGUCGCUCAGCCAGGCCCCACCCACGCUCAGCCAGGUGAGCUCCACCCACACUGUCGCUCAGCCAGGCCCCACCCACGCUGUCGCUCAGCCAGGCCCCACCCACGCUGUCGCUCAGCCAGGCCCCACCCACGCUGUCGCUCAGCCAGGCCCCACCCACGCUGUCGCUCAGCCAGGCCCCACCCACGCUGUCGCUCAGCCAGCCAGGCCAGCCACCCACACUGUCGCUCAGCCAGGCCCCACCCACGCUGUCACUCAGCCAGGCCCCACCCACACUGUCGCUCAGCCAGGCUCCACCCACACUGUCACUCAGCCAGGCAGCCAGGCCCCACCCACACUGUCACUCAGCCAGGCCCCACCCACACUGUCACUCAGCCAGGCCCCACCCACGCUGUCACUCAGCCAGGCUCCACCCACGCUGUCACUCAGCCAGGCUCCACCCACACUGUCACUCAGCCAGGCAGGUACAGAGGCUGCCCAUUCAUCAGCCAGGCUCCACCCACGCUGUCACUCAGCCAGGCUCCGCCCACGCUGUCACUCAGCCAGGCUCCACCCACACUGUCACUCAGCCAGUUUCCUCACGCCUGUCCGUUGUUUUCUCAGGCUGAGAAGCUGCAGAAGGAGGAGCUGCUGUGUCAGUCCGAGAUCCUGGCGUCUCUGGAGAAGAAGUACAACGACCCGGGUCCGGUCUACGACUGUCUGCUGUGGAACGACGGAGACACCUGGAGGGCUGUGGUAGACACCUCAGAGACUGGAGAUCUGUCCAGCUGCACGGUACUGACCUCCUACAGAGAGAAGCAGGAGUUUGCUACUCUGGGAAACGCUGAGAUGCUCAACUACUCCGUUAACAUCUACGACGAAGGAAACACUCUCUGCAUCGUCACCAGCGGAGGGGCUCAUGGGACACAUGUGGCGAGCAUAGCAGCAGGCCACUUCCCAGAUGAGCCGGAGCGGAACGGCAUUGCCCCCGGAGCCCAGAUCCUGGCGUUGAAGAUCGGAGACACGCGCCUCAGCACCAUGGAGACGGGCACCGGACUCAUCCGCGCGAUGAUAGAGGUGAUCAACUAUAAAUGUGACCUGGUUAACUACAGCUAUGGAGAAGCUACCCACUGGCCCAACUCAGGGAGGAUCUGUGAGGUGAUUGGUGAAGCGGUUCAGAAACACAACGUAUUAUUUGUGUCCAGCGCUGGAAACAACGGGCCCUGUCUGUCUACUGUCGGCUGUCCUGGAGGGACUACUGCUGCUGUUAUAGGCGUGGGGGCGUAUGUGACUCCAGACAUGAUGGUUGCAGAGUAUUCUCUGAGAGAGAAGCUUCCUCCGAACCAGUACACCUGGUCGUCUCGGGGCCCCAGUACCGACGGGGCCCUGGGGGUCAGUAUCACUGCUCCGGGAGGGGCCAUCGCCUCCGUACCCAACUGGACUCUCAGAGGAACCCAGCUGAUGAAUGGUACCUCCAUGUCGUCCCCCAACGCCUGUGGAGGGAUCGCCCUGGUGCUGUCAGGUCUGAAGCAGAACGGUAUCCGUCCAUCGGUCUCUGCGGUGAGGAGAGCUCUGGAGAACACGGCUCUGAAGGUUGACGAUAUCGAGGUGUUCGCACAGGGACACGGAAUCAUACAGGCAAGACUCCUCUGUGGACAGAGCAUAGACUACCUGACCCAGCAUGCCUCUCUCCCCACCGCUAACCUGGGCUUCACUGUUACCGUGGGAACGUCAAUGGGCAUCUACCUCCGAGACCCCACCCAGGUCCUGUCCCCCUCCGACCACGGGGGUCGGCAGAACCCUUUUCCCGAAAAUACCGAGAACACGGAGCGUAUUUCUCUGCAACUGCACCUGGCCCUGACAUGCUCCGCCUCCUGGGUGCAGUGUCCCUCCCACCUGGAGCUCAUGAACCAGUGUCGUCAUGUCAACGUCAGAGUCGAUCUGGGGCUCCGAGAGGGACUGCAUUAUACUGAGGUGUGUGGUUAUGACACAGCGUCCCCCAGCUCUGGCCCUCUGUUCAGAGUCCCCAUAACGGUAAUCAUCCCCACCAAAGUUCCUGAGGGCCACAGUCAGGAGGUUCUGUUCACAGAUGUCCACUUCAGACCAGGACAGAUUCGACGACACUUCAUCACGGUUCCACGGGGAGCCUCCUGGGCAGAGAUAACAUUGACGUCUCAGAGCGGGGACGUGUCCUCUAAGUUUGUCCUCCAUGCGGUCCACCUGGUGAAGCAGAGAGCUUACAGAGCCAACGAGUUCUACAAGUUCUCCUCUCUGCUGGAGAAGAGCUCCCUGACUGAAGCUUUCCCUGUCCUGUCGGGGAGGACAGUAGAGUUAUGUGUCGCCCGGUGGUGGGCCAGCCUUGGUGACGUCACCGUUGACUACAGUAUCUCCUUCCACGGCCUGACCACCUCACCGUCACCUCUACACAUACAUGCAUCAGACGGUGUGACUAGUUUUGAGGUGUCCUCUCCCCUGAGGUACGAGGACGUUUCUCCCAGCAUCACCCUGAAGACUUGGGUCCAGCCACUCAGACCUCUGAGUUCUAAGAUCAAGGCUCUGGGUCACAGAGACGUCCUCCCCAACAACAGACAGCUCUACGAAAUCAUCCUCACCUACAGCUUCCACCAGCCUAAGUCAGGAGAGGUGACCCCCAGCUGUCCAGUAAUGUGUGACCAGUUGUAUGAAUCAGAGUUUGACUCUCAGCUCUGGAUGCUGUUUGACCAAAACAAGAGACUGUUGGGUUCUGGAGACGCCUACCCACACCAGUACUCUCUGAAACUAGAGAAAGGUGACUACACGCUGCGUCUGCAGGUGCGUCAUGAGCAGGCCAGUGAGCUGGAGCGUCUGAAGGACCUUCCGUUUGUGGUGUCCCACCGUCUGUCCACUACUCUGACCCUGGAUGUGUAUGAGUCUCACCGCGCUGCCCUCUUGGCUAAGAAGAAAACCAACUCCCUGACCCUGACCCCUGGAGCUACCCAGCCUUUUUAUGUUACAGCCCUGCCUGACGACAAGGUUCCUAAAGGAACAUGUCCAGGAUGCUAUCUGACCGGCUCCCUGGUCGUGCCUAAGGGAGAAUACGGCAAGAAAGCAGGACAGGCCUCUGCAAAACGACAAGGAAAAUUUAAAAAGGACAUUGUGCCAGUGGUCUAUCACCUGAUCCCUGCACCCAACAAGACCAAGAAUGGAGCGAAGGAGGGAGCGAAGGAGGGAGCGAAGGAGGGGGUGAAGGAGGGAGCGAAGGAGAAAGAGGGAGCGAAGGAGGAUGCGAAGGAGGGAGCGAAGGAGAAGGAUGUGAAGGAGGAGUUUGAAGAGGCUCUCAGAGACCUGAAGAUACAGUGGAUGACCAAGUCAGUCUCUUUCUGUCUGUUUGGGUCUCUACCUACUGUCAGUCUGUCUGUUUGGGUCUCUCUACCUGCUGAGCGUUUAGACCAGCGCCUGGGUAGAACCCUAUUCCCUCUGACAUGGUUCUGUUCAGAUCGAACCAGACCCCUGGCAGUCUACCUCACCUUAAAGACCGACCCUCGCCACGCUGCCACAAUCAAGAGUGACAUGGAGAAGCAGAAAUGUUCCCUGCUGGAUGCUCUGUGUAGGAAGGGCUGUGCCCUGGCCGACCUGGUACUGCUGCCUGCUCCACCCCAGGACGGGGCUGGGGGGGCCGGAGACGGGGCAGAGACAGGGGCUGAAGAGGAGGAGGUGACCAGCUCUGACGACGCCCAACAGGGCAGGGCCAAAGCCUUGACAGACACCUUCUGGGAGCUGCAGAAGUGGGUGGAGCUAACGGACUCUAAGGUGUUGACGUUCUCCUACAAACAUGCACUAGUCAAUAAGAUGUACGGCAGAGCCCUGAAGUUUGCCUCCAAGAUCGUAGAAGAUAAACCCAGUAGAGAGAACUUGAAGAACUGCAUUCAGGUAAUGCGGUCCUUGGGCUGGAUGCACUGUGCCACUUUUACGGAGAACUGGCUGCCCAUCAUGUACCCUGCCGACUACACUCCCUUCUAGACACUCUGUUACACACACACACACACACACACACACACACACACACACAGCAGUCAUGGAUUGACCUCACA